CAUUGGCGCAAUCAUCUCGUCUUGUCUUUGCUUUAUCUAGCUAGAUAGAAAUACAAUGAUGUUUACUAGUUGAAAUUAGAAGGUAGCGACGGGGAUUCCCCAACGUGGCUACCUUCGCGACCCGGAUAAUGACUCACGCCCAUGAUCUCGUGCGGCGCUUUCAUGAUCAACAGUCAAAUCGUUCGACGAGACCUCGACCCACCAUCAACAUCAUCAUUUGACCCACUGGAAUGCUUCUCCACCAUUGACGAAUUCGACGGUUCUGCUCUGUUUGCCACCAAGUUGUCUGGUGAUCAUGAGACUCGAUCUCAUUCAUGGUCUUCGCCUCAUGAUCAAGACAGUGAGAGUUGCACUUGUAGGUCUAGUGCUCUCAUUGAGGAAAGGACUGUUAGAUCUCAGUAUUUUGUGAUGGCAAUAUUGGAGUUCUUGGCGAAGAUUUAUGGACGCAGCGGUGAUCACAGUGAAAGACUGUUUCAAACGUUUCAACGGUGGCUUUGUGGCACGGAGCUGAGGUUACCGUUUAUUGCUGAGGUUGAUGAGAUGGCAUCAGUGCGAUAUAGUAUCUCAGUUGCAUUUUCUCGGUUGAUCCAGCAAGUUGUUCAGAGCGUACCACCUGAAGUCAGUCCAUCAAGAGCAGUCGUGGGUGCAGCAUGUGCUCAGUUGCAACCUCUGACACCAUUGAAGAAGUCGUGUUUUAUAAGGUGUAUGCCAUUGCCAGACAUUCUGCAGUUAUUCCCGUCACGAUUUCAGGAAGAGUUUGUAGAGCUCGGUGUGUUAGGAAAAGGCGGCUUUGGAAAAGUCAUGAAGGUUAAAAACAGAAUAGAUGGCUGUGAGUAUGCUGUCAAGAGGGUGGUUUUUAAGCAAUUGAACAGAGAUACAUGCACAAGGGUUUUACGAGAAGUAAAGGUGUUUGCGUCACUAGACCAUUCGAACAUUGUUCGGUAUCAUUCUGCUUGGCUUGAACAUUUAACAGAAGACCUCACCACCAUCAGAGAAGAGUUUGAUCAUAGUGCAACUGAUGAAGACGAUAGUAUUGUCUUUGCAUCAGGAUUGGGACAGACAGAAUCAGCUGACGCUGCCAAAACAAAUGAUUCCACGUGUAGCUUGUUGACAGAUUGUAGGAAUUUUGAGCAGUUGGGUCAGGUAGAUACUGCCAGUUUGACGGGGCAAAUGUCACAAACCAGCAGAGGCAUCAUGGAGUUGGCAUCUACGACCAGGUCUGGUGAAAGUGAAUCUGAUAGCCAUUGCUGCUUUCAGACGAAGGACAAGCAGUUGUGUCCACUAAGUGCUGCAACUUGUCGUCCAUCAAGACAAAGACAUGUUCAGGCUCCACGCCUCGUACUGUACAUACAGAUGCAGCUAUGUUCACAGUCAUUGCGUGAGUGGCUUGUGCAGAGAAACCAAACAAUAUCAUCUCCGAUGAAGUGUGCCCAAGUGUCUUCCAAGAUUUCUAACAGCAUCUUUAGACAGAUUGUUGAAGGAGUGCAUUAUAUACAUACUCGUGGACUAAUGCAUCGAGAUCUCAAACCCGCAAACAUCUUUCUCUACGGUUCAGAAGAAGCCAAAAUAGGUGACUUUGGCCUUGCUAGAGAUGAGAUGGUGUUUGAACAUGCAGCUGAAAGUGGCCGGUUAAAGUCAGUCGUAGCAGGGAGAGAAAGUCAGUCGCAAAGACAGCAGCAACCAUCAUGUUAUUGUUUGUCAAACUCCAGUACCCCAACGUCGGGUAUUGGAACAUCAACAUAUGCACCCCCUGAGCAACUGCAAGGGAGUGUCUAUGAUGCAAAGGCAGACAUGUUCAGUCUUGGACUGAUCUUAGCCGAGCUAUUCCAUCCUUUUCCGACUGAGAUGGAACGAGGCUUGUGUUUACGAGGUGUACGAGAAGGCCACUUGCCAGUAGAACUUUCAAGGACGUGGCCACAACAGAGUCAACUGAUCGAGCAGCUUGUUUCUAAUGAUCCGAGUAAGCGUCCUGACAGCACUGCUGUGUUGAGGAUGGAUUUUCUCAAGAUUGAAGAUGAAUUGAUUGAACAGUUGAGGGCUCAAGUCGACAAGCUAACAGAACUACUUGCUGAGAAAGAUGAUAUCAUAACCUUAUUGAAACAACAGCUAAGAGAAGCAAAGUCUCACACAUAGUGUUAAUUAAUAAAGACAAGGUUAAGUGCUGCAGCAGUUUCAGCUUGCUUCAUUCAUUACUUUAUUUUAUUUAAUUAAUUGUGACUGUACGUACCCCGACUUUUCAAAUUUUAAUUAAGCAAGUG